CACGCCGAACCGUAGGCGAGGGGACAGACGCCCUGUCCCUGCGCGGUGGGAGGUGGCGAUUACUGCGGAAAGUGUCACAGAGGCACCGUCGGGCGCGGGAUCACCAGCGACCGAUGAACUCUUAUCAAAACACAGGCGCACGUCUCGGCUAUCACUUUCUCUUAGGGAGCCCCAGAGCGUAAAAGUUGGCAGUGGGGCGUGCGUAGAGAUUUACACUGACUGGGCUAACCACUACCUAGCAAAAUCUGGCCACAAGCGGUUAAUCAAGGAUUUGCAACAGGACAUUGCAGAUGGAGUUCUGCUAGCAGAAAUCAUCCAGAUCAUCGCAAAUGAAAAGGUGGAAGAUAUCAAUGGCUGUCCCCGGAGCCAGUCUCAAAUGAUUGAGAAUGUUGAUGUCUGCCUUAGCUUUCUGGCAGCCAGAGGCGUAAAUGUCCAAGGUCUUUCUGCGGAAGAAAUAAGGAAUGGAAAUUUGAAAGCCAUUUUAGGGCUGUUUUUCAGUUUGUCUCGGUACAAACAGCAGCAACAUCAUCAGCAACAAUACUACCAGUCGUUGGUGGAGCUACAACAGCAAGUCCCUUCACCUCCAGCUGAAAUCAGCCAGUCCAAAACACACCAAGAUAUGCAGUCGAGUCUCACAGCCAGAUAUGCAACUCAGUCUAAUCACAGUGGAAUUGCAACCAGUCAAAAAAAGACUUCUAGGCUUCCAGGACCCUCAAGGGUGCCAGCUGCAGGCAGCAGUACCAAAGUCCAGGGAGCCUCUAAUUUAAAUCGGAGAAGCCAGAGCUUUAACAGCAUUGACAAAAACAAGCCUCCACAAUAUGCAAAUGGAAAUGAAAAAGAUUCACCAAAAGGCCCUCACCCAUCUGCAGGCAUGAAUGGAAAUGUGCAGCAUCCCACCAGCACUGGGCAGCAGCAGGUCUCUGCUAUACCCUCUCCAAGUGCCAGCAAGCCUUGGCGCAGCAAAUCCAUGAAUGUCAAACACAGCGCGACCUCUACCAUGCUGUCCGUGAAGCAGCCUAGUCCCGCAACCUCCCCUACUCCAUCUUCAGACAGGCUUAAGCCGCCCCCUUCUGAAGGUAUGAAGCCCCCUUCAUCUGGACAAAAAUCUAUGCUGGAAAAAUUCAAACUGGUUAACGCUAGGACUGCUCUGAGACCUCCUUUGUCGCUGAGCUCAGGACCCAGUGACAGUGGGAGAGAGGAUGAUACAUUUUCAGAGUGCGGUGAAAUGGAUGUCUUAAGCAGUGGGGUGAACAGCGGUGGGUCCACAAGUAGCAGUCCUAAAGUAUCACCGAAGUUAACCCCUCCGAAAGCUGGAAGCAAAAAUCUCAGCAAUAAAAAGUCUUUGCUACAGCCAAAGGACAAAGAGGAAAAGAACAGGGAGAAAAACAAAGUUUGCACUGAGAAAACAGUCAAGGAAGAGAAGGACCAGGUCACUGAAACAUCUACAAAGAAGAGCUCAAAAAUCGCAAGCUUAAUCCCAAAGGGAAGCAAGACGACAGCAGCCAAGAAGGAAAGUUUAAUACCGUCUUCUAGUGGGAUCCCAAAACCUGGAUCGAAGGUGCCAACAGCAAAGCAGAGCACUUCAUCCGCAUGCACGGGAAGUAAGGAUGUUGAAAAAGUGAGGACUGCAAAAGGAAACCAGGCGCAAUCAACACCAAAAUCUCAACUCAGUGAGAAGGCUUCUCCUUCCUCUGGUCUUGCUUCUUCUGAAGGGAAAGAACCAAGCGGAGCUCUCACCCCGGGAUCCUCCGUGGCUCUGUCGGCCUCGAUGGCUGCAAGCAGCGGCCAAGGCACAGGAAAUGGUGUCGUCCAGCUUCCUCAGCAACAGCAAUACAGUCACCCCAACACUGCCACAGUAGCUCCUUUCAUUUAUAGAACUCUCUCAGAAAAUGACAGUACCUCUUUACCACCUGCUGACUCCUGCACCAGUCCUACUAAAAUGGAUUUGUCAUUCAGUAAGACUGCCAAACAGUGCCUAGAGGAGAUAUCUGUUCUGUGUCAGCCCAUCGAAAGUGAAGAGCCGCGCACCGGGAUCAGUCAUGAUCCGGUGAGAGGAGGGAGGAAAGCCCGAGACAGCACUUGUGCCUACUUGGGAUUUCAGAAGGCAGCAGCUGUAGACAGAGAUGCAGGCCCACCGCUCCGAUGA